ACCAAAAAGGGCAAAAAAACAGAGUUUUUGUUUUCAUCUCCAUGGUGGCCAUCCGGCAGUCACUUCUCUCUUCCGGCGCCCAGAUUUUCCUCUGUUUCUUCAACUAAAACCGAAUCCAAUCCCUACCCACUUUCCUAAACCCCUCCAGUUUUGGAUUCGUCUCAUUAAAUCCAGCUUCUUGGCCUUACCCGUUGCUCAGAUUCGGUUUCUUGAUUCGGACGCCGGAAUGGGAACGGCGGGCGAGAUGAGGACUCUUAGCUCGCUGGAGCUUAUGCUGCUGAAUCUUCGGAAAGCGGAGGAGGAGCCACCGGAGGAUUCGCCGCCGCCGCCAUUACCGGCUCGGCCGGUCGUGAAGCUCCGGCCGCCGCGGCCGAGGAAGAAACAACCGUUUAUGUCCGGCAAGAGCCAGUUUCGUCAAGAACACCAAGUGAAGAAAGAGGGAAAAGAUGCUUUUCUUGAUUCUAUUCCUCAAAUGGAAUCCUCAGACAUGGGUGAUAGACUCAUUGAUUUUAAUGAGGAUGUAGAAGAAAAGGAGAGAAAAAAUUUACUGAAAGGGGUGAUGGUAAUUCAGAGAAGUUACAGAGGCCACCAAGCCUACAAUUACUACCAUGAGCUCAAGAGAGGAGCAAUUACACUUCAAUCAUGUAUUCGAGGCUGGUUCGCUCGAAGGGCAUUCACUAAACAAGUAGCAAAUCAAGAGGCAAACAAGACAGAAUUCAUUAAGGCACACAUUAACACUUCAUUGCAUACCCUUUUAUCACACGGCAAACUGAAUCCCCUUGGUUAAAAGCAAAACAAAUAAUGAAAAAAUGGCCAGGUCUGGACUUUCAUCAAACAGUUGGUCUGCAAGCAUAUAUAGACAGGGACUAAGCCCGAACUUCAAGAAUUCGUUAAAUUCUUGAUUCAUGGUGAAGCUCUCAGUCUUUCACUGGAUAAGCUUUCCAGCGUACUCAUAAAAUAGAAUUACAAGUAAAUUUAAGAAGAGUAAAAAAUAAAUGAACUUAGAAGUCACCU